UGAUGGUAGUAUUGGGCUUGAUGUUAGACUUCUUAGUGAUGACAGUAGGUUUAGUGGAUGUGGAGAUAAUGGUAGAUUUGGUAGGUAUGGAGAUAGUGGUAGGUUUGGCAGAUAUGGAAAUGGUGGUAGGUUUGGAUGGUAUAGAAAUAGUGGUAGGUUUGGCAGAUAUAAAAAUAAUGGUAGGUUUAACAGAUAUAGAAAUGGUG